ACUCUCACUGCGAAGUGAGAAGUGCGAAGACGACGACGAGAGGUAGACGACGACGCUUCCUCCAAAAGCCCCGACGAGCCCACUCUCCUCUUCUCCGCCCUUUUAUACCGCAGCUUCUCCUCGAAGCUGGGGGAAAAGCUCGCAUCCAUGGCGAUGGCGCAUCCUCUUCGUCGCCUCCGACCUCCUCCUCUACCUCCUCCUCUUCUUCUUCUUCUUCCUCCUCUCCUCUUCCUCCUUCUCCUCGCACGCGUCGCCGAGUCCAAGUACAUCGCGUACAACACCACGGGGGGGAUCGUCCCGGACAAGCUCAACGUCCACAUCGUCGCCCACAGCCACGACGACGUAGGGUGGCUCAAGACCGUGGAUCAGUACUACGUCGGAUCCAACAACUCCAUCCAGGGGGCGUGUGUUCAGAAUGUGCUCGAUUCGCUCGUCCCGGCGCUGUUGAAGGAUAAGAAUCGGAAGUUCAUCUAUGUGGAGCAGGCGUUUUUCCAGCGGUGGUGGAGGCAGCAGAGCAAUGCGAUCCAGCAAAUAGUGAAGGAGCUCGUUAGCUCAGGGCAAUUGGAACUUAUAAAUGGGGGUAUGUGCAUGCAUGACGAGGCAGCGGUGCACUACAUCGACAUGAUUGACCAGACGACCCUCGGGCACCAAUUCAUUAAGCAGGAAUUCAAUCAGACGCCUCGGAUUGGUUGGCAGAUUGACCCAUUUGGACAUUCUGCAGUGCAGGCUUACUUGCUUGGGGCUGAAGUAGGAUUUGAUGCUCUUUAUUUCUCUCGAAUUGAUUACCAAGACCGGGCUAAGCGGAAGGACCUGAAAACACUAGAGAUUGUAUGGCGGGGAUCUAGGAGUCUUGGCUCAUCUGCAGAUAUUUUCACUGGUAUCUUCCCUCAGAAUUAUGAGCCUCCCCCGGGUGAUUUUUAUUUUGAAGUUAAUGAUGUAUCUCCUGUUAUUCAGGAUGACGUCCUUCUUUUUGAUUACAAUGUUGAAGAGCGAGUGAACGAUUUUGUUGCUGCAGCUGUAUCACAGGCAAACAUUACAAGACUGAACCAUGUCAUGUUCACAAUGGGAACAGAUUUCAAGUAUCAGUAUGCUGAAUCGUGGUUCAGGCAGUUAGAUAAAUUUAUUCACUAUGUCAACAAGGAUGGUCGCGUAAAUGCCUUAUAUUCUACACCUUCCAUUUAUACCGAUGCCAAACAUGCAGCAAAUGAGUCUUGGCCUAUCAAGACAGAUGACUUUUUCCCGUAUGCAGACGAUCAAAAUUCUUAUUGGACUGGGUACUUCACAAGUAGGCCUGCAUUAAAAGGUUAUGUGCGAAUGAUGAGCGCAUACUAUCUGGCCGCUAGACAAUUGGAAUUUCUGAAAGGGCGAAACCGUUCAGGUUUCACGACUGGGAGCUUAGCCGAUGCUCUGGCUCUUGCUCAACAUCAUGAUGCUGUUAGUGGAACAGAAAAACAGCACGUGGCAAAUGAUUAUGCUAAAAGGUUAUCAAUAAGCUAUGCACAGGCUGAGAAGCUAGUUGAGUUUUCUCUUGCUUGCUUGACAGAGUCUGCUGCAAAAUCAGGGUGUUCCAACCCAUCAACAAAGUUUGCACAGUGCCCUCUCCUAAAUAUCAGUUAUUGCCCCCCAUCUGAAGUAGAGCUAUCCCAGAGUAAAACCUUGGCUGUCCUUGUCUACAACGCUCUUGGAUGGAAUCGGGAGGACGUAAUUCGAAUACCUGUUGUCGAUAAAUAUGUUGUUGUUCAAGAUUCUGAAGGUAGAGAAGUCGAAUCACAACUUUUGCCUAUAGCCAAUGCUUCGCUCUACUUACGCAGCAAAUACGUCAAGGCUUACCUUGGCGUGUCCCCGACCGUUACACCUAAGUACUGGCUUGCUUUUCGUGUAUCUGUACCACCUCUUGGUUUCAACACUUACUUUGUUUCAAGAGCAAAACAAGCAGGAUCUGUUUCUGCCAUGUCGACUUUGAAUUCUUCGCAGGGAAAUAAAUAUAGCAGUCUAGAAAUUGGGCAAGGACAUCUAAAGCUUAUUUAUAAUGCGGAUGGAGUACUAUCUAAAUACCUUGAUAGCGGAAGCUUGGUGAAUGCAGAUAUUAAACAGACAUACAAGUUUUAUUCUGGAUUUAAUGGAACAAAUACUGAUCCUCAGGCUUCUGGAGCAUAUAUAUUUCGUCCAGGUGGCACCUUUCCCAUAAAAUCUGAUGUACAGGUGCAGUUGACAAUUCUGCGAGGAUCUAUAUUGGAUGAAGUGCAUCAACAGAUCAAUCCAUGGAUAUACCAGAUCACCAGAGUUUACAAGGGAAAAGAGCAUGUGGAAACUGAAUUCAUAGUAGGACCCAUACCAGUGGAAGAUGGAAUCGGCAAAGAAGUAGUUGCUGAAAUCACAACAAAUAUGGCUACAAACAAAGCAUUUUAUACAGAUUCCAGUGGGCGUGAUUUCAUUAAGAGGAUCCGCGAUUAUAGAUCAGACUGGCAAUUGCAAGUAACCCAACCUGUUGCUGGAAACUAUUAUCCUAUUAAUUUGGGCACAUACAUUAAGGAUAACAGCACAGAACUCUCAGUAUUGGUAGAUAGAUCUGUAGGAGGUUCUAGCAUAGUGGAUGGGCAAGUUGAAUUGAUGCUUCAUAGGAGAUUGCUCUAUGAUGAUGGUCGAGGCGUUGGAGAGGCACUUAAUGAGACUGUUUGUGUCAAUGACGACUGUGCAGGAUUAGUUAUUGAAGGAAAAUACUAUCUCAAAUUUGAUUCGUUAGGAGAGGGAGCUAAGUGGCGUCGAACUUUUGGACAGGAGAUCUAUUCUCCUCUUCUCAUUGCUUUCUCAGAGCAGGAUGGAGGUAACUGGGCAAGCUCUCAUGUUGUAAAAUUUUCUGCAAUGGAUUCCUCCUACAGUUUGCCAGAUAAUGUUGCAGUACUCACCCUUCAGGCACUUGAAGAUGGCAGUGUUCUCCUUCGGUUGGUGCACCUUUAUGAGGUUGGGGAGGACAAGGAUCUUUCUGUAAUGGCAAGUGUUGAACUUAAGAAGAUCUUUCCAAACAAAAAGAUCAUCAAGAUAACAGAAACCAACUUAUCCGCGAACCAAGAGAGAGCUGAGAUGGAGAAGAAAAGACUAAAAUGGAAAGUGCAGCAGGGCUCUUCCGGGGCGGAAACUGUCGUCCGAGGGGGCCCUGUGGAUCCUUCUAAGCUAGUUGUCGAGCUGGGGCCGAUGGAAAUCCGCACGUUUAUCCUUAAUUUGGACUACCUUGCCUUCGUAAGCGCGGCAGGUCCCUAGCUUUCUGCUUCGACGCAAAUGUUGUUGUGUUGCAGAAAAUCUCCCGUGCACGAUUAAUAUUGCAAUAAGGACGAAAGAGCCAUUUUGCUUGUCACAUUUGCCCCUCUUCUUCUUCUUCUUCUUCUUCUUCUUGUUAUUGUUGUUGUUUUGUGUUAUCAUUGCUGCUUCAUGUGCUUGGGCGAGUAGUAAUGUAAGAUACCCAAAAUUUACAAAAUAAUGCUGCUGAUGCACCUGUUAAUGCCGUAUAAAUUUUACAUCACAGCCAUCCUAUGUACGGUGUACAAUUAGAUCUUUUUUUUUUUUUAAUGAGAAAUAUUUUGGGUCCUCCAUUCACAA